CAUCCCACCUCGGAAAUACCAACCAGGUGCUGCAGCUCCUUCCUGCCCUGCUCUCCACUCGUAUCCACGGGCUUUUCCCACGAAGCUUCAUCGCUUCCACUGCUGCGAUGUGACGGGAAGAAACACGCAGUAACCACCAGCGAUGUCCAUCCAGUGAGUGAAACCCUCCCGUCGGUACCCUCAGCCCGUGUACCCGGCUUGCAUGGCUCUGUGUCGGCCGGCCGGACAAUAGCUAGCCCGCCUGCCCGCUGCAGCAGCAGCAGCAGCAGCAGCUUCUUCUCCUCCUCCUCCUCCUCCUUCUCCUCCAGCCGAGGGAGCUUUCUGAGUGUUCUUGCCCAGGAUCCCUGCAGCACUCUCCGCCGCUCCAAAUGGCUGGACACGAGUGGGAAGACUGGUUCGAGCGGGAGGAAUUUAUCGGACAGAUCAGCGACAUCCGAGUGCAGAACCUGCAAGUUGAAAGGGAACUGGUUCAGAAGAGGACCUUCACCCGAUGGAUGAACUUGCAUUUAGAAAAGUGCAACCCGCCUAUUGAGGUCAACGACCUUUUCCGGGACAUACAGGAUGGACACAUCCUCAUGGCCCUGCUGGAGGAGCUCUCUGGCUGCAAGCUGCUUCAUGGGUUCAAGAAGUCCUCCCAUCGUAUUUUCAGACUCAACAACAUCGCCAAGGUCCUGUCUUUCCUGGAGGAGAGAAACGUAAAGCUUGUCAGCAUCGAUGCAGCUGAUGUGGCUGAUGGAAACUCCUCCAUCAUCUUGGGACUCAUCUGGAACAUAAUCCUCUUCUUCCAGAUUAAGGAGCUCACUGGGAACAUCAGGAGCCAGUUCCCAUCCUGCUCCAGCCUAUCAUCCAUCCCUACUAGCUCUGACUCUGACACCUCCUACUGCAACACCCCUUUAGAUGAAAGACAGUCGGCAUCCACGGCCAUGCGAGAACACGGCAAGGCCAUUAAGAAACUGCUGCAGUGGGUACAGAAGCGAACACGCAAGUAUGGUGUGGCAGUGCAGGACUUUGGGAAGAGCUGGACAAGUGGUCUGGCCUUCCUUGCUGUCAUUAAGUCCAUUGACCCCAGCCUGGUGGACAUGAGGAAGGCACUGCUGAGGACUGCCAAGGAGAAUUUGGAGGACGCCUUUAGGAUAGCCCACUACAGCCUGGGUAUCCCACGCCUACUGGAGCCUGAGGAUGUGACCAUCAAUGCACCAGAUGAGCAAUCCAUAAUGACUUAUGUGUCACAGUUCCUGGAGCACUUUCCUGGCAUAGAGGAGCCGGGGGAGCCCUGUCAGCUGAUUGAACGAAGUAUCUCCAUGGGCCGACUCAACUUCCGAGACAGUGACUCCAACCACAUAAGAAAUGGCGCUCACCGAGGCAGGGUGAAGGAGAGGUCCUACAUGUUCCAGAGAGCCUCUGCCCACCCCCCACCCAAAAUCUUAAUUUCCUCUGUGUCGGAAGACAGGAGCGCCAUGUCACCCCGAGUCAGGCCGGCCGCAAAACGCUCGUGGUCCAGUGAGGACUUCUUAGCAGAUUCCCCCCACGUGGAAGACAUUUCCAGUAGUGUGGUUGAAGAGCCCAAAGACUCUGCCAGUGAGGUGCUAACCAGCUCAGCCUCCACCUCCCCACAGCUGUCUUACACUAACUUGCCCACAGGCUCAUCAGCGCCCGAGUCUGUAAACACUGAGUCACUAAUUGGCGACUCAGCAAUCAGCUCACCGGACUCCUGGGUGGACAGUGACUUUGGGGGGAUGCCAGAGAAGUUUUGCGAAAGCCGAAGUGACAGUUCUUUGUGUGACAGUGGAACAGCCUGGGACGUGUAUCGUGCCACCCCUGUGGAGGUCACAGCUUUUGAUGAAGGGUUUGUUCCAUCCACAGAGGAUAGAGCCCCUGAUGAGCAGUCGAUUACUGAGUCAUAUAUUGAUGAAGGGAUUUACUCACUGAGCUCAUUGGAGAGCACCCAGGAGAGAAUCCAAGGGCAUUCUGAGAAAAAGCAAGUGGAAGUAGUAAAAGAGAAAGAGACAAACCUCGAGAAGAACAACCAGGACAUAGAUCUAGAAAAGGCACCUGAUCAAAGCAAAGCUUUGAAUACAAAAGAAAAUCUCCUUGAAGCUGACAAAUCUAACCAAUCCCAACCCAAUGGAACCAGUGUUGAAGAGAGCACUUACAAAGAACCGGAAGGUUUAAAGAAAGCUGUGGACUUAAUUGGGGAUGCACAGGACCACGAAGGAAAUAAUAAUGGUCAAACUGAAAGUCAGAACAAGAGAAAUAACACUGAGUUUAAAGUGGAAACUGAAUGUCAGAAAAAACAUUCUUUGUCAGGGGACAGAAGAGGGGAGUCAAGAGAGGAGUCAGAGAUUUUAAAGAAAAAGGGUGAAUGUGCUGUCGAAAAGAAAGAUGAAGCAAGUGAAGGAGUUCUAAGAGACGACCUAGAUCAUCAAGAAAGCUUUAGUUCAGAGACAUUAGCAAACACACAUCCAAACAACCAAGACAGAGUUUCAAAAACAAAUCUGGACCCGAGCACAGGCACAAAUAUUCCUCUGAUCUCUAUUUCCAGUGAGCCAGAAAAGCAGGACAGAGAGGGGUUGUGUGACCCAGAAAGACAAGCCCAUGCUGGGGAUGAUGAGGUACAUCAGGCAGUGGGAACUGACACAGAUGUCAGCAGCCCUCAAAACCUACAUGUAGUGAGCUGUGACUCCAAUGACAACCUUGAUAAAACCUCUGUUGAGAUUUCUUCCUGCUUGGUAUCAGAAAAUGUUGAACCGACAGCGUCAGAAAAAAUAAGCGGCAUAGAAAGUGGACAUUUAGAUGAACAUGGUAUCAGCAGAUCAUCAAAUGCAGACAUAUGUGGGCCAGACAGAAGCGAUAACAUGGAAAUAAAUGAAGCCAAACAGGAAUGUAAGUCUGCUCACCACGACUCUCAGACAAGUAGCACUGGGACGGACUUGCCUCCUCAGACUUCUUCUGCGGAUGCUAACUCUCAACCUGUCAAUACUGAGCAGGAAAUAGACUCAAAUGAUCAACCAGAUGGACACCUGGACAAACUGGGUGGCACCUUUUCUGACAACUCGAAACCCAAUGGUACAACAGGGAUUUUAUGUAGUAUGUCUAGAGACAUGGACUUGUUUUACACAGACUUUGAUCAGAAUUCUGCCUCAGAGGAUCUAGUUGGUGACCCUGUUGAACCCAUGGAUCUGUUCUACCCUGACAAAGAGGAGCCCAUGUUUGCAGAGCCACCUGAUACUGAAAUGCAGAGUUGGCCUUCAGUUUUGAGUGUAUCUGCUCUCCAGCCAGCACCAGCUUCAGAGAUUCAACCUGACCAACCACUCAUCCUGUUGGAUGAAGACUUCAGGAAUGGACUGAAUUCAAAUGACAAGGUGAUCAGUAAGACCAACCUGGAGACAGACAAAGCAUCUAAAUCCCAGGAACACUGUUUGUUGCCUGGAAAGAAGAUAGAAGGACUCUGGGGUGCUGAUGCUCCGGCAGACGACCGUGAUCUCAGUGGUUCUGAGCAACAUAUCUCAGGCUCUGCCAGGGAAAACACAGAGCCUGUGAGGUGUGACAGUAAAAGUUCCAGCAGACAGGAUGAAAACCAGAUCCCUCCAGUUCUCCGCCACAGAAAGGGGGCUCGCUUCACUCAGUCCAUGGACAAUCAGACAGCUAUGACUGCAGCAACCAGAGACGCUGACAAUGCUGACUCUGAUUUUUGGUGGAAUGAGAACUCGGAGCUGUAUCUGCUGUUGCUGCUGUGGCUGCUGCUGUACUGUUUCUGGCUGCUGCCACAGAUGGACCUGAAGACACUGCCCAGCCUGCUGCUGAACCUCAACCACUGAACACACACUUUCUCUCUUACACAAACACACACACACACACACACACACACACACACACACA